CCAGGGCGCCGGGCCGCGAUGAUGCUGAGCGAGCUUGAAAUGCCGAGCUUCCACCGUGGGCGACACUCGAGGGAAGGGUGGUCGAGCUGAUGGGACUGACUGCGUCGUGUGGCACCGCGGGUGAAGCUGUCGUGAGAUUGACUGGACAGCUCAGCUCGCCGUGUCGUCUCGCACGCCGAGAAGCAAGGAGCUACAUUGGACAUGGGUGGGAAGUGGUGCGGGGAGGGCGCCGGAGCUGCCCUCAUACUGGGACUGAUCGGCCGGCGACGAGUCUGAGGAGAGAGGAGGGAAAUGCUAAGUGGAAGAGGGAAGAGGGGAUGGAAAGGUUCAAGAGUGGUGAUAGCGGUGGUCAACAAGAAAUGCUUGCUGCGGUGCUGGGGGAGGGGUGCGUAGAUUCACACGAUGAGAGAGCAGGGUUGUCAAGAAGGAGUGAGGAAGUGGAUGAUGGUGAAAUGGUGAGAUGGUAAGACGUAAGAAGAGGUGAGUGAGGGAUCCUUG